CAUACCGUUAACGUUUUACCUGAAGCUUCAUGUAAAAGGGCUCGUUUUGAUGAAGCAAUGGAACGGAGACAUCUCUUUGAAGAAAAUAAUAAUAGUGUCAAAAACUCGGAAACGACUGAUGAGAAGAAAGGUUUCCUUAAGAGGGUAGUGGUGUGUAACAGUAAUAGUGCCUCAAAUAAUGGAAGUAUCAGUGGAAAGGAUAAAUUAUCAAUAAUAUCAUCUACAUCUUCAUUGACCAAUACUUCAAAGAAAACAAAUGACUCUCAUGUACGAUCGUGUGCUCGUUUCCCACUUUUACAAGAAGCCAUCAAAAAACAGAGUCAAGAAAAGAAAGCCUCAGAAUCUGAAAAGAAAACAUCAUCAAAGUCAUUAUCUGAAUCAUCAUCUACCUCAAAAGGCUCACGGGCCAAUAAAAAGCAUCACCAAAGUGCUCGAGAUCGUCUUUUCAAGAGUCUUAAAGGGCUCAAAAAGAAUUCCGAAAUGGUCAGAUAUUCUUCAAAUUACAAUGGAAUGUCAUCAUUAAAUAAAAAACUACCCUUCAAAACCGGAUCACCCUCUAAUGGCAUGAGCUCUUCUGCCUCGAAUGGACCUUCCAAUACUCCAAGUCCUAUAUUAUCUCGAUCAACUGUAGAUUCACCAGCAUCGACAUCAACUCCACCACCAUCUGGACUGAAAGCCACCAACAGUACAGAUGUUAUCAUGAAAGAAUCCACAAAAGAAUCUGAAGACUCAAAGUACAAAAAAGCUGAUCAAUAUAUGUUUGACGACGAUACUGAUAAUGAAAUUGAAGAGAAGGAAAAUUCAAUGGCAACCUCGGAUGAUGCCAGCUCAAUUAUUGAACAAGAUUUCCGGCCAAAUGAUCCACCCAAGAUUGUUGUGGGAACCAAAAGUGAUGGUGAAAAUUUAAUCAAACCAAAAUACGUUGUUAGACCAGCACCAUUACCGGAAGAUUUAUCGGAUGAUGAUGAAACUGAGGAAGGGAACUGAGGAAAUAUUUCUGAUGCAAGUUUGGAUGCUCUUAAAAGAUGUACAAAUAUUGUACAAAUAAGCGAUCUCAAAAUGAAUUGAAUAUAAUUUUUCUUAGUAAUCCUCUUCUCUUUUUUGAUUAAAUUCAAAAGCUUGAUUGUAAAUUAUUAAAUUUGUACAUCAUGAAUAUUUUUUGGUAUCCCAUUACCCAAAAAAUAAUUGAUACAUUAAACAUUUACUGUUAUUAA